GCCCAUACCGUCAAUUAUGAUUAUAAUCAAGAUGUUACGAAGCUAAUGACUUAAUAAACGGCCUUUACUCCGCGAUCACUUUCUCUCCGCAGAGUAGAGCAGUAUGUGACCAGCUUUUGUAAUCGGUGUCUGACUUUUCUACAGCCAUGAAACUAUCAGUUCUAAAGAUAUUCGUUAUUCUAUCUGUACUCGCUACCUGUAGCUGUAUCGGAUUCAUCAGAGAUCUGAUACAGUUCAAUGUGGCUGGGAUCCCAGAAAUCCACAAGACGUCAACAUUUCCAUUCGAUCCUGAUGAGGGCAUAAGAAGAUCGAAACAGUAUCAAGAAGUGAACGGACGAUUUGGUGAGAAAGCGAUCGAACGAUUGGGACUAGGAAGCGAUGGAAAAGAACAGGAACGUCUCGAAGAACAAAGAAUAAGGGACCAGGGACAACUUGGUGGUGUUAGGGAGUAUUUGCCGUGAUGAAGAUUCUUAUUGCAUAUCUAAUGUUAUUUUAAUAAAUAGUUCUAUAUCUAGUCUGCUCUAGUCCUGGUUUGAAUAAAUCUUCCAACUUA